AAAGCAAGACGUCUGCGUUAGCUUCUGCGAUCCCAGCUCCGAGAAGUCUUGAAGUUAUUGUGAAUAUCAUAAGAAACGUGCAGAGAAAUGGGGAACGAAGCGUCUUCACAGAGUCAGACAUACGGAGAGCGUCUGGAAAACGACGUUUCUGUGGAGUGGAAGCCCUCGGGACAGCCUAGCCCUUUUCCCGCCAGGGAGGGGCACUGCGCCUGUGGGGUGGGGGGCGAGCUGGUCGUCUUCGGAGGAGUGUUGGAGGGAGUGCAGGAGAGUAACGGGGUCAUCAGCUAUGACGUCGAGAAAGGCACCUGGAGCAGUGUGCAGGUUAAAGGUCAGCUGCCGUGCCCUCGCUCCGCAGCUACCAUAUCAGCUGUUGGGAACAAGCUGUACCUGUUUGGGGGACUGAGCCAUGACGUCGGCUGGUUAGAUGACUUGUUUGUUCUCGACACGGAUACUUGGACAUGGAAGGAGCUGACUGACACACAGGGUCCUGCCCCAAGCCCCAGAGACAAGGUAGCUUCAGCCACCGUUGGGAACAAGGUGUAUUUCUUUGGUGGUUUUGGCCCCAAGGAUGGCUGGGACACGGAGGAGUCCACCAUGAGUGAAGAUGAGGAGGAGGAGGACGUGGGUCGAGGGGGCAAAGUUCACUUGGUAUGAUGACCUCUACAUCUUUGACACAGAGACGAACACAUGGGAGAACCCUGAACCCAUCAAGCUGGGAGCACCAACACCAAGAGCAGCACAUGCACUGUGUGCUGUUGAGAAAAAGUUGGUGGUCUUUGGAGGAAGAGACAGGGAGGCAAGGAAGAAUGAUCUGUAUGUUCUUGAUACAG